CUGUCGUAGGCUUCCUGAUUCCAUGGGCAAAUAAACAGAUGGUAUGAGUGUGGGCAUACAUCUCCAAGCUCUUCAAUCAGGGCGAACCGUGGCGUCCUCAGGUGAUUGCAGCCCGCCAGUUGCGCUCCACUGUCGUAUGUUCUCUCGUAUCGAGAGCCUUAUAAGAGCGUCUAUGAUGAUUGCGACGGGAGGCAGAAAACCAACGGCCUGCUCCACUCCGUGGGAAUCGAGGGAAAUGCGCUUCUUCAAGACGAACGACAGCUCCGAGCUGAACAAUCAGCUUCUCGACAUCGACCCUUCGGAUGCGGAUGCCAUACGGUCCCUCCUCGUAAGAGGUGCAGAUCGGAAUACGAAACGCAAGAAUGGCAAGUCUAGUCCCCUCGUCAGCGCCGCAGCCGUGGGUUGCAUUCCUUCGCUGAAGGUACUUCUCGACCAUGGCGCAAAGAUCGAUCAAGUCGGUGGACCUGUGAACCACGAGACGGCUCUUAAUGCAGCUGUUUUCACCGGCUCCCUGGACGCUGCCGACUAUUUACUUGACCGCGGUGCAAACAUCGAGGGCGUCCUGCAUAUGCGUCCGAUCCAUUCUGCCCUCAAAACCAAGAACAUCGUAAUGCUCCAUCAUCUCUUGGAAAGAGGUGCCAAUGCAGAUGGGACUAAUGUGCUCGGAGUCCGUCCAAUCAUGCAACUUGUGCGAGAAGAGAUCGGCGGUUGCCAUAGUCUGCGCAAGCCCCCGAAGGAGACCUGCAAAACAUGCCGGAAUCGCUGGGAAACGCUCGCGUGCAUGGUACUGCUGCGGAAAUAUGGAGCAAGGGCCAUAGUUUAUGAUACCGGAACGACCCCCGACGCUGUCUACGCGGAUAUCAUUGCGUACUGGGACCGGUGGGCAGAACGAGGAAGGCGUGCCGGUGAGUGGCUAGCGGAGAACACUCUUGGAGACCCGACGAUACAGACACUCAUGGCAUGGGGUUUCUUUGGAGUUCUGGGUAGCGUGGGCAUUCCCACUCCUGCCCAGUCACUGAUGGGGCUUAUGGGGGGUCCAGAAUUCAAAGACGUGAGCUCUAUCUCUUGUUAGCCUUUGGAAGGCAUGCACAUACUAACCACUCCAUAAUAGAAACAGGGGCGCCCUCUCUUCCUAUGAUCGAGCUAAUGAACCGACCGGCACCAGACUGACACAAGGUGAGGUGAGAAAAGAUGAUGUAUAACGAUCGAGGAGGCAUGGCAGAAGUGCAAUUUGUAGCCAAUUUGGAGACGUCGGAUGGUCUGGGUACCACGAGGCUUCAAAAUUGUAUAAAGCGUAGUCGGCCACGGCGGAGGGUUAGUUUGCGUUGAGAUUUUUAUUGUGGAAGGGUGGGUUCGGAAUUGAAAUGAUGUUUCCUUUCAAAACGACGCGUGUAAUCCCGAGCCAUCUCCGUGUGUUUCCCAGCCUCGCAACUCUCAUGAUAAUCACCAGAAGUGUUCUUCAACCCUCGCUUUGGAGAUGGAAUCGACUCUUUGGGAACCGUAUGGAAAUCGCUUUUUCCCCGGCUUGUCGGUCUGCAGGCCAUAUUGUGAUUCCGGAGAU